CACCAGCUUGUGGCGGGAAAAUGCAUACGGGGCUCUCUUUGUUAUAGACCACGUGAAAGGCUCUAUAUAGUGAGCGUAGCCGGUUUAAACCGCACAAGCUGUAGCAGUUAGUCGACAUUACUCUCGCUAUCAACUGUUGAUAAAAUAGGUGAAAAUGGGACGUGCAAAGCCAGCAAGCUCACCCACGAAAGGAACUAAAAGAAAGGCAACGAAAGAUGCAAAUAAACCAAAGAGGCCCACAUCCUCAUAUUUUUAUUUCUUAGAAGAAUGUAGACGAAAGGCAAAGGAAGAGGGAAGAAGCAUAUCAAAGAUUGCAGAAUUCACAAAAGAGUGUUCAUCCUCAUGGAGAUCACUUGAAGCAGACGAAAAAAAGAAAUUUGAUGACAAGGCAGCCAAAGAUAAAUUAAGAUUUGAGAAAGAAAUGAAAACUUACGUUCCUCUACCCGGAGAAAAAGUUGGAAAAUCAAAAAAAGAUAAAGAUGAAAAUAAACCCAAGAGAGCACAGUCUGCUUAUUUCUUAUUUUUAGCCGAUUACAGAGCAAAAAUGAAGGCAAAGGGAGUCGAAAAUAAAGACAUUAUUAAAAACGCUGGGGUAGAAUGGGGCAAGUUAACAGCUGAAGCUAAGAAACCUUAUGAAAAAGCCAGUGAAGUUGAAAAGAAAAAAUAUGAUAUUGCCAUGGCAGAUUACAACAAGGGUCUUAAACCACCAACUGCUAAAAAGUCGAAACCUGAAGUCAAUGGAACAGAUGAGGAUGAUGAAGAUGAUGACGAAGAAGAUGACGACGAGGAGGAAGAAGAUGAGGAUGAUGAUGAUGACGACGAUGAUGACGAUGAUGAUGAAUAAAAAGAAAUGGUUGUGUUAGAUGUUAAAAAUUGUUAGUUGACUGUUUAAAUAGGACUCGAGACUAGUUUGAACAAUUGGAUUGAAACGAAAGACGACGUAAACACUGUGAGAGUUCGUUUGGCCUUCAAUUAGUUCAGUUGAUUACCAAGUCCGAUAUUGUAUAAAUGCCUUUUAACAGAUUGUUCCCGAUCGUCUUCCUGUUAUUGUAACUAUGUUUGUUGUUGAAACGAAACCAUGCCAAAGAUGUAAAGAUUCUAAAAAUUGACAUAAACACAUGCUCCAAUUGUAAUUAAAAAUCUCAAGUUAGUAAUGGCUGUUCAAGAAGACCUUUAUUGACGGGAAAUAUUAACGAUUUGAUCAUAUUCGAGUUGUAUGACACCAUUUCAUAAAUUUUCAUAUGGAAGGUAAAAUCUGUGGAUUAUUCUUCCCUAAUUAAUAUCACUGCCAUGACAUCAUUGCUAUAAAAAGAUCUACAUAUCAAAUAAUAAUUUGCGAACAUCUAUCUCCAAAAUUGGUCAGUUUUCAAUGACAUACAGAAUAAAAAUAAAAAAAUAAUUGACUUAAUGUAAAAUAUCACAUUCCAUAAUUUCAGAGAAGUUGAUUUUAUUUAUCCAAAAAUUAUAGCUUGAAUGAUUAUGAACAUAAGUAAAAAAUGUGUAUCUUGCUGUCAUUAUGAAUUUCAUUUUAAAAAGUAUUUCAAUGCUUUAAUUUCUGAGAAAUGUAUUUUGCUUUUAGAAUAAUUAACAGUUGUAAAAACUAUUUAUCACACCUCUCAGGGAAAUAUGUGUCGCCUUUCGAUCGGGAUCAUUGACUAGUUGAUGGGAGUUUGAGUAAUAAAUAUAUUUUCUUGUUGAAUACUAUAGUGCUCUGAUUUGAAUUAAAAUGAUGUAUUCUAAUUGUUUUCGCGGUUCACACUCGGCAAUAUUUUUUCUUAGAGCUUUAGUCAGAACACUUCAUAGCGUCAACGGAAACAUAAAAUCCCUGACGAAGGUCCAAUUGCUUGUGUAAAAGCUACAAUUCUUUAACCUAUAGAAUUUUUAUUAACACAAUCGAAGGUUGGUUACAUCAACAAUGUUUAAAAAACAUUCUGUUGAAGUAAUUUGUGGAAAUGUUGGAGAAUUAAAGGUAGCACAAUAAGCAAGUGCCGUUUAAGAACAACCAUGCAAUGUCGUAAAACGAUGUUUAUAACAAUUUUACGUGAUCACAAGAAUAAUAAAAUUCUUUCACUCGAUUUGUAGAAAUAUUGCCUGUGUGUGAACUAAUGUUCUAGAUUAAAUGUUAUAGUCAUGUUGUCAUAUCAUCCAUUUUGUUUUACCAUAUAUAGAUAUAGUGACAUUUUACAAACGUAGUCUAGUUUAAAUCAUAUUACCAUCCCUCUCCCCCACCCAUGCUAGCUCAUUUUAUGAUGUGUUCAUUUUAAAUUUGAAAAUGGAUAAAUUCACUUUAAAAAAAGA